AUGGCAGUGCCCCCCAAACCCAUAUCGAAACCAAGCACCAUUGUCGCCGGACGGCCGCCCAGGGACAAAGCGACCGUCCGGCCAACAACCGAUACGGAGAGCUUAUUCAGAAGAGAGCUCGGUUUGAGAAGUGAAUUGGACAGAGCACCGAACCCCGUACAGACGGGCAUAUAUAAGGAUAUUCAGGUGAACUUACAUCGUGCACAGAAGGCCCGUGCCUUACAGGAACUUCGUCACCAGGGGAGUAAUGCGGUGGCUGACACCGCGAAAUACGUACGGGGGAUAGGAGCUUCCGAGCAAAGAAUACGAAACAAGGACAAAGUAGAUCGCAACUUGCUGGCUGAUCGUGGGGGACGUCACCAACUGCUUCUGCGUAAGACGGAGCAGACGAAUCACGAUUACAACUCGAAAGCGCCGCAAGCCAUUGCCGAUAACCAUGAUCAAGUCGCAAGGGCAAACUGGGACCUUCUUCCAGAAAUUAAGCGAGCAAGCGGGGACGUUAGCCGCAGUCUUGUUGCUGUCACCACUGAACUUAGCAGACUACUACAGUGGUCAUGUCAAAGACUUGAUGAAGAAAUGAGGAUUCUCAAACCCAAAGUGCUCGAAGAAGCCGAGACAAGACGCGUCAUGAAAGCUAAAAAAGAAGACAGUGAACAUGCGGAAGCAUUCUCUCAAAGAGAGGCACGCCGGGAGGCCUGGUGGGCUCAUAUCGAGGACACAGUAAUCUUGGAAAACGACAAGGUCAGAACGCUUGCUGACAUAUGUUCGGGCCUCAGCCUCCUUCAUAGCAGCUAUAAGAGUCUAUACGAAAAGCUUUCCAAGUCACUUUCUUGGUAUUACUAUAGUGAUAGCAGCACAAGUCGCGCCAAAGAGUUACGGUCUCUGUUUUACGCAACUCUGAUGAACAUGAUUGAGGGAAAUAGAUACCUCAUCCUUGAAGCCCAUUUCCUUCGAUACUAUCAGAGGAAUCGCUAUUACGACUGUGAGCCCGGCGCUUUCAGUCAUAGAGUUCGUCAUGCUUCUCUGUACAGGGUCGCCCGUAUGUUUAAGAUUUCGGCAGAGAUUCUGAGGUUGUACGCCGUAAGCUGGACCCACAUCUUCCCCAGGCGGCGAAUUUCUAGAUUGGAACUUCCAGACGCUGUCUAUGAAAACCGACCUGUGGAUCUGUCUUUCAUCAUCCAGAAAAACGCAGCAGUUAGCACUAAGCUUACUAGGCAAUUCUCUUUCGGCUUGUUAUCCAAUGACCACGAUCCAGCGAUACAGGUUCGGCGAGCCCAAGCGGCAGCAUUGAUGCCAUUUCACGUGGUCAUUGGGGGGAUGAACAGCUUGAUAAACGAAUUUUAUUCGAAGAAUGAGACUAUAGAUCCGGGGAAAUAUGAGCAGCGAUUGGGUUUCGAGACGAGACAGCUUCGGCUGCUCGUAGAUUUGUUUACAAUCUGCAAUUGGAGAUCUCUCCAGCACCGUGUCUCUACCCGCACCAUUUUCCUGAAACCAUCAAGUCAGUCAGAUGCUUUGUUCUCUCCUAUCCAAUUUGGGGUACCGUUGGGAUACCCUAGAUCCCGGUCCUGGAAUUACAACGACUAUAGGGGGCCCCAGGGUGAGAAGGUAACGGUAUUCUGUGCUCGCGAGAGCACAAGCAUGGAAUCGUGUUUGGCGCAGCUGCAGCAUGAGGGGGUCGUUUCGGUUGAUGUGCGAUGGGCGCCGGACAGGGAGAAAUCUUCAGACGCGCUUCACGACUGGUUUGGUCACAAUGUUUCUGUCGUUACCUUGGCCACCGAGUCUCAAAUUGUCGUAUGCCAUUUGGCCCUGCUGACCCGGUACCUGAGCAUUCCCGUCUCGCUGAGACUACUUCUAGAGGAUCCUAAUAUCAUCAAAGUCGCGAUCAAUAUUGACGAGCUUCAGACACGGUUUGAGAAAUAUUUAGGGAUCCAUAUGACAGGAACUUGUAACCUUACAUCGUUAGAUGCAUCUUUCCACUCCACCUUAUUGGAAGGAGCACCCCAUCAUGGAAUAAGGACAAUAGCGGACCUGGUGAAGAAGCAUUUCAACAUGGAGCUAUGCGGGCUCCGACAGUCAACAAAAAUUUGGCUUUAUUCAUUCUCUCUUCGUGAACUCCAAUGUGUCUGUUCAGGGGCUUAUGCGUGCUUACGCUUGUUCUUUCAUCUGUCGGAAAAGAUGUUUGACAGGAAAACUGAGCAACUCAUUCCUCUCAAUGGAUGUAGUGGCAGGACGGUACAGAAUCUUGCUUUGCUCUUUCCGGCCGCUACAAGAGGUAUCAACAAAAUUUCGUCCGAAAGGGUAGAGCCAUCUGCUACAGAAAAGACUCAUCAACAUGCUACCUCAGUUAUCCAACUUCCGUAUGAGGAGACUGGUACAAUUAAAGUCUCUCGACAACGCAUUGGUUACCAAGAUCUCGUAGGAAAAUGGGCUGCUCAGCUUGCGCGUGAGCUCAUUAAGACACGACGAAGCUCAAACUUCCAGCAAUCCUCUCUUCGUUUAUAUUACCUUUGGCACACAUUCGAAUUGCAAUGUGACGACAUUGAUAUCUACUUCCCACAGCCUCAUGCGAACGUCCCUGCAGCGAUUUUGGAGGUGAUUGAGAGCGCCGGUCUCCCAUAUCAUCCCGAGUCAUUCAAAACUCUACAGAAGAUGGCGUUAGUACAAUUUUAUGCUGGCCAGAAGAUUUGGCUUCUCGAGGAAGCCUGGAUGCAUUCCUGGAUGCAAGACUUGUCGCCAGCAGAUCUGAGCCAACGGAUUAGUGACUUGAUGGCUGUUAUACAUGGAAAGAGAACAGCUGAAAACUGGAUUGAUGUUGCAGCAAGAAGCUAUCAUUCUCAAACAACUCAAAACCCACACCAAGAUCUUCUACCAUUUGCCAUGUGGCACAUUGGUGAUGUGUCUGUACAUAACAUCAGUAAUUUGCUUCUGCGAUCGAGGUCCAGCAUCGCAGAAUCAAUUCUCAAUGAGGUGCUACAGUCAAAAUCUCGAGCAGGUUCCAUGCAAUUGGGUCUGGAAGAUAUCGCUGAGAUGACGGGCGAUCCACCCUUGUGGAUGAAACGGCUCAACCUGAUGUCGAAGCGGGAUUAG